GAAUUUUACCAACAUACAGAUAUACAAGCGUCUACGAUCUACGAUCACACAAAGUGACACUCGUCCAUUCAUGUCUUCGGUCAGGGAUACGCAACCUGUACUUCAUACCCCUGGCUACAUCUACACCUCGGCCUCGCCGGACAUCGCAUUCUCGCCCUUGGCUUACGAACAUGCUCUCGACUUCAAACCCUUGACCACCGGGAGCCUUCUCGACGAGACCUUCGGCCGAAGGAUCCUCAAUAAUUUCGAAAGGAUCAUAGGCGACUCUACAGGUCAAAUCGGCCUCGUGGUGAUCAGCGAAUCGACCGGCCGACUUAUUCUGAAGAGACUCGCCGACGCUGAAUUCUUGAUUGCGACGAACAGUUACCAGUACCGUCAAAACGUGAUGAACGGAGUAUGGGUGCACGGCGCAGAAGCUUAUCCGCAGAGACUGUGUGGAAUCUCCUUCAACACCUCCCUUCCGAGCCACCUAUCUACAUGGGAGAAGACCCGAGCGGUCUUCGACUAUAUGUCUCGAUACGGAGUAGUCGGACAUAUUCGUUCGUUCAAACCAGCGACCGACGAGCGUACUCAAGAAGAGAAGAAUGAUGACGAUGAGGAAUCUGCCAGAACUGGAAUUCCUCUGGACUCGGUCAAUUUCACGGUUUGGUAUCGUUCGUACUGGAGCCAUCAACAAGUCAAGAAGAUCGCCAAAUCCCAGAAACCUCACAAGGUUCCGUUCAUGCUAUCUCGUCGGUUCGAAGAAGUGGUAAAGGUCGUCAACUGGGCCAAAACCGCCAUCGAAAAGCCGGAGCCAGCUGCACCGACUCCGUUGCCUGGACUGACUUUGGGCUCAAUCGCCUCGGGAUCUGGAACGUCGGGGCUUAUUGAAGCCGCUCCGAGAUCUACCCGACGAAACAGGAAGCGCUACCGGGGGAAGCGAGUCAAGCGACUUGCCGAAAGUGUCAUCGCACAGCCCAGCAUGAUCAUCGAGGACGAGACAACCAACAAUCGACCGAAGUUCUCGGAAGAGGCGUACAAUCCCCUUCCAUGGAUUGACGACUGGCUCGCAACCCUUGGUGACGAUAGGGAGCACUGGAUGGAGGUAGUUAAGCAAGAGAGAAGGGAAGCAAAUCUCAGGCGAUGGAGGGAAGAGUGUGGGAUCGGAACGGGGGCGAGAUGAUCUCGUGGUUCGGAUGACCCAGUCGU